UGGCUUCCUCCGGCCACUUGCGGGGGGUGAAGGAAAGCCGGAGAAGCUCGGAAGGAAGCGGAGAAACCUGCGGGAGGUGGCGGCUGCUCCCGUCGGCCUCCGGGGAGACUGACUGCGCGGAGGCCGGAAGCCGGGCGAGCUUGGCGGAGAGGCGGGCGGGAGGCCGGAACUUUUUUAAUGAAAAGUGCCAAAGACUGAAAAACCAAACAUGAGGGUAGCAGGUGCUGCGAAGUUGGUGGUAGCUGUGGCAGUAUUUUUACUGACAUUUUACAUUAUUUCUCAAGUAUUUGAAAUAAAAAUGGAUGCAAGUUUAGGAAGUCUAUUUGCAAGGUCUGCAUUGGACACAGCUGCACGUUCUACAAAACCUCCCAGAUACAAGUGUGGGAUCUCAAAAGCUUGUCCUGAGAAGCAUUUUGCUUUUAAAAUGGCAAGUGGAGCAGCCAAUGUAGUGGGACCCAAAAUCUGCCUCGAGGACAAUGUUUUAAUGAGUGGUGUUAAGAAUAAUGUUGGAAGAGGGAUCAAUGUUGCCUUGGUAAAUGGAAAAACAGGAGAAGUGUUAGACACUAAAUAUUUUGACAUGUGGGGUGGAGAUGUGGCCCCAUUGAUUGAGUUUCUGAAGUCCAUACAGGAUGGAACGAUAGUCUUAAUGGCAACGUACGAUGAUGGAGCAACCAAACUCAAUGACGAGGCGCGGAGGCUCAUUGCCGAACUGGGGAGCACGUCCAUUACCAGUCUUGGUUUUAGAGACAACUGGGUCUUCUGCGGAGGGAAAGGCAUUAAGACAAAAAGCCCUUUUGAACAACAUAUAAAGAACAACAAGGACACGAACAAAUACGAAGGCUGGCCGGAGGUGGUGGAAAUGGAAGGAUGUGUCCCCCAGAAGCAAGACUAACGUUGGGAAAAUCCAAGGACACGCACUUUCACUCUUCCUGAGAGAGCUCCAGUGGAGCAACCACAUGUACAUAUUUUAGGAGCAUGCAGCCAUCUCGGUGUGUGCAUGAGCAUUCUCUUUUGAUAUCAGGAUUAUUUAUUGCUAACGUAAAUAGAUUCCUUUGUAAAUAGUCGUCACAAUGAGUGAAUCACUGUACCAUUUCUUAGCAGAUUUCUCAAAUAGUACAAUGUUUAGACUGCUAUGGAAAUGACAUCUUUUAAUUCUGAAAGCAUACUCGACCAAUAACUGAACAGAUUGUGAAAAGUGUAUUGAUACCUAUACUGGUUGCUGUGAAACUCUGCCAUGGAAUAAUGUGGAGUUGAGGGAGACUGUGAUGACAGUACUUUGUACGUCACAAAGACAUCGGGCUGGUCGUGUGUGCAGUGUUACUUUCAGUCUGGCUCUCUUGAUGUACCUCUCAUAUUAGACUUUCCCUUCCUUCCCAAGAAACCUAGAAAUACAACGAUGGGAAAACUUGUAGCAGACAUGUGAAAAGCACAAUAAAAUUCUUUUUUUAAUGUACACAGUAAAAAGUAAAUAUAUAAAUGUAGGUGGCUUUCUGGACUAUAGCUUGCUGGAUUUUGUCUUAGCAAUGUGAGUAACUUGAUUUUGGGUAAGCCAUUUAGAGAGAGGGUGGAAGUGGCAGCUCCACGGAACCGGGGAAACCCGCCAAGUCCCCCCCUGAGCCCUGUCGGUGGAGAGCGAUACCGACAUAUAUUUUCCUUAUUUAAUCAUUGUCGGCAUCAACAAAGUGAUUUGGAAAGUGGCAUGCUUUAAUAUCACAAUAAUUGUGAUUUAUAAACCAAGAAAUUAAUUUGCAUUUACUUCAUUUAACUUCAUAAUAGCAGUUUUUGCCAGAAGAUAAAUUUAGUGACAUAUUGAGGAAAAAAACCUACUUACUGAAUAGACUGAUAACAUUUACAAAAUAAUUUUAUUUGAUACAAGAAUAACUUUUUACCCAAUCCUAGAUAAAAAUGUAGAGAUCUAAUGUUUUUGUUAACUUCAGAUGUUCACUAAUUGACUCAAGUUUUUAUUUUUUUAGGCCGUUAAAUACUUAUUGUGUAAGAAUAGUACACAAACAGAUAGUGCACAAACUGGAACACAAACAGACUUUAUGUUCAAACUGCUGCUCACAUUAAAAGGCAGCACUUAAAAUUGAAUCUGAAUUUCAAAUAAUUUGUAUAAAAACUAAAAGCAGUAUCUUUCAUUUUGCUGUAAAUCAAGUUGGAAGCUAUUCAGCUAUUUCUUAAAUACUAAUAAGGUUUGCAGUACUUUUUUUCCCCCUCAAGCUGAGUGUAGUUCAUGAAUAAAUGCACCUUACAAGUUCAACAAUUUUUGGAAACUUUUCAGACUUUGGUGCUUACAUGCUAAAUCACCUUCAGCAUGUGUAUCUUCACGUUUAAAAUACUUUCCUUAAUUCUGUAAAUUAUAAAGUGUUUUACAGUUCCAGAGACUGUGAAAUAAAAUGUUGCAUUUUUUAAAAGAAGAUAAUGAAAAUAGAUACUUUCAGUUUUCCAUUGUGAUUUUUUUGUACUGUCUAGCAAAAUAAUAUGCCUACAGAACUUCACAUUAAGGUUUGCCAAGUAUUUAUUGUACUGCUUAAUGUGUAAAAUGUACUUCAUUCCUAUGGUUAAAACACACCAGUGUCCUCAGGAUAUGUCUUAACAUGUAUAGAAUUUAAUUAUUUAGGUAGCAGGACAUCCCUUUCAAGAUAAAGAUUACAAAAUGAUACAUAGCUUUGAAAAGGUGUAUAAAAUGUUGAAAGAAGGGACAAAGAUUGGCUAUGUAAUCGCUUUGGUGCAUUUUGCUUUUGUUUCAAUUCUGUCUUGAAUAGAUUGUGCCAGUUUAACUUUGGAAGCAAUAAUUUUACUACAUUUUCAGAUGCCUUUUAAAAAUCAGCAUUAUACAUGAAACAAUAUUUAAUGUUAAAAAUUUUCUUUAUUAAAACCAGAAAUUUGGCAUGGA